AAUUCGAGAAAUAUAUUGUUGAUGCAUAUAUGCAUAUUGAGGAAUCUACAUCAUCAUGGACAUUGCAUCUAUACAAAUGUCAUUUAUUGAUCACAAUUAUCGAUGAUUUAGUUUAUCGCAAUAAUCAUCAUCAUCAUAUAUAAUAAUCAACACACAUGUUACCAUAAUUGCAUCGCCUAUAAAAUUAUGAUAAAUAUAUGCGCACAUUCAUUCAAUUUUUAUUUUCAUUAUUAUUAACCCAAAAAUUAUAUCGAAAAACAAAACAAUUCUUUGAUUGAAAUUCGUUGCAAAUUUUGUGAAUUUUCAACAUGUCCAAAACAAAAACAAAAACAAUGAUUUCAACACAUAAACUUUGUAAUUUAGAAUAUAAAAUUUGUUUACUUGGCGACACCGGUGUUGGUAAAUCAUCGAUUGUUCAACGUUUUGUUCAUAAUACAUACAAUGCUUGUAUGGAGAAUACCAUUGGUGCUUCAUUCAUGACAAAAACUAUAUACAUCAAAAGUACAUGUUAUAAAUUGAACAUAUGGGAUACAGCCGGACAAGAACGGUAUAAAGCAUUAGCGCCAAUGUAUUAUCGUGGAGCAAAUAUUUGUAUCGUUGUCUUUGAUGUUACAUCAAAGUCAUCAUUUGAUUCGGUUCAAUCAUGGAUACGUGAAUUACGAACAUAUCUAUUGGAAAAAUGUUUAAUUUGUAUUGUGGGCAAUAAAUCCGAUCUUGCCGAUAGGCGUGCUGUUAUGUAUCAUGAAGCAAAAGAAUAUGCCGAUAGUGUCAAUGCAUUUUUCAUUGAAACAAGUGCCAAAAGUUGCAGCAAUGUCACCGAAUUAUUCAUAAAUAGUUUGAAUCGAUAUCGCGAGAUGGAACAAUCAUCAUCGUCAUCAUCAUUGACUGGCAAAAAAAAUAGCCUCAUUCAUAAACAACAAAGAUCGACAAGAAUAUCAUUACAGGAUGGAACGACAAAUUCUGGAAAAUGUUGUUAGCUAUAUAUAAAAUAUAUAUUUUUUUCAGAAAAAAAAGAACAAAAUUUCGAAAAUCCAUAUAUAUCCAUUCAUUGACA